AUGGCAGCGUCGCUGCCUCCGUUCUUCUCUUUUUCUACCGAGCUCAACAAGAGGGAGGGCAGAGAGACUGGCGAUGGAAGGAGUUUCAAGAAAAGGGCGGGUCACGGUGGUGAUUUUGAUCACAAUUGGGGGUGGUUGCUUCCGUUGGUGGUGGUGACGAGGUGGGUUUUGGUGGUGGUGGUGGGUGACGAGGGUGACGAUUGGCAGCUCUGCUGCUUCGUGUCUUUUCCGUUUCGGCGAGCACGAAGGGAGGGGAUGAGGAAAGGGAGUGAGAAAUACGAGAGGAUGUGUUCUGGUGGUGCAAUGGUGUUUUUAUAG